AUGCUCGAUAUCCUGAUAUCUCAAAUUGGUAAGAUAUGCACUUCUUAUUUUAUCUUUCUCACACCAAACCGACCCAAGAGUAGUGCUGACGACUUGCAGGCCAGUCAGACUGACCUCUCACCAACCGCCGACAAUCGACCACACUUCACAACAAUUGCAAAGAUGUCGCACAGUUACUCGACAUUCGAUUGUAGCUCUCCUCCUCUGUCACAGCAAAACACAGCAACCAUGCCGCAUGACCUUGAGGCCGCGCCCCUCCUUCCUCCGCCAACAGCUCCCAAGCCGCCACCAAGCAUGAAAUCAGCCUUCGUUCUCCCUACAGCAACACGUUUCUUAGCAGAUUUCACCCUCGGGUUUGCGGAUGGGCUCACCGUCCCUUUUGCUCUGACUGCUGGUCUUUCCAGUCUGGGAAGCUCUGAUACUGUCAUCUAUGCUGGCGCCGCCGAGAUUUGCGCCGGCAGUCUUAGCAUGGGCAUCGGUGGCUUCCUCGCAGCAAAGGGUGAAUGGGCUCAAUCACAAGUACAGACACCAGCCCAAUCAGCCCUAGUAGAUCAAUUCGAUGCCGACGUAGAGAUCGACACCGAAACCGAAACCAUCGUCUCAGGCUAUCACGACACCGAGAACGAUGAUUUAUUAGAGGGAUACUUAGCGCCUCUGGAGCUCUCGCCGAAACUACAAGAUGAGAUCAGGUCGCAUGUGGCCAAAUGCCCCGGCAUUUUGAGGGAGUUGGAACAGCAGCAGAAGCGAUAUCGGAGUCGCCAUGGUUGCUUAGAAACAGGCAGCUUGAUUGAGAAGGAAGUCGAAGCAAAGAGAGCUGCACCAUCGCCCAUCCUCGUGGGACUUUCAGUGUCACUGGGGUAUCUUCUAGGCGGGCUGCUACCAUUGUUCCCCUAUUUCUUUGUGGAACAUGUGCAGGAGGGCCUCAGGUGGAGUUUUGCGGUUUGCCUGCUAGCGCUGUUCCUAUUUGGCCUUUUGAAGGAUUAUUUCCUCAAUAGUCAGCAAUCAAAGGACCAGACUCGGGCCGGGUGGAUCGGGACAAGCGGACAGAAGAAACACAGGAUAGUUUUGGGAAUGAAGUGGUUGGAUCUGAAAAGAAGCUUGUGGGAGGGAAUCCAAAUGGCCCUCAUGGGUGGCAUUGCCGCAAUCGCGGCUGUGUUAUGCGUCAAGUUUUUUGAAGGUAUGGGCGUUUAG